GAGGGGGGGGGGGGCGGUUUCUAGAUGGUUCGUACCCAAACCCGUUCGUACCAUACCGUUUCGUAACCACUAGCAUACCAGUUCGUAACCAAUUAAAUAAUGUCAUACAUUACUCCUAACAUUAAUAUAUUUUUUAAAUACACAAUUAUAAUGUUAUAUUACAAACAUAUUGUAACAUUUAGCAAAAAAUGUGUUGUAAUAAUCACUCAGUAUCUUUUAUAAGCAUUAAAUGAGCAAUUAUGUGCUGUGCAUCACUGAAGCAUACUGUUUCGUAACCAAAAAGCAUACCUUUUCGUAACCAAAAAGCAUACCUUUUCAUAGCCAAAGAGUAAUUCUUUUGUCAUAAACCCAUUUAAUAUUUGAUUGUAUUAACCCGUGUAAUAACGGUAUGCAAAUUUCAUGUCAUAUGGAAAUUUAAAAGUUCAUAAUGCUACUUUCACCUGUCAAUAAUUGAAGGACUCGGUGCUAAAUAGGGAAUAAGUCACAUUUUGAAAGUUUUGAGAAAUAUACCAACAUAUAAGUUUUUAUUAAUUUCACAUUUACCUUUACCAUAAAUACAAUUGUAUGAAUGUACUGGGUUUCAAUAUCUCUAUAUAUAAUUAUGUUAAUAUUGCUAUGUUUGUAAAUAUUAUUAUGUUUGUACAUAAAAGGGCAGGGCUAAAUUUAGUUGUAGUGCUAAAAGUACAAAAUGUAAGAGUGCUGGUCAACUUAAUUUGAACAACUCGCCCCCAAUCUACUCUGCUCCAAUCAUGAAAUCAGAAAGAUCAACAUACAAUGUAUCUCUAAAGUAGAUGAUAUGAGAGAAUUUUGCUACUAUAGUAAGAGAUCCAAUGGCAAGUUGGAGAGGCAAUUGUGAAAGAUUUGGCAAGGACCUGAUUCGUCAGAUAACAGGUUUUCAGGAAGAUGAAGAUAAUUUCCAACUGUGUCAGCAGUUUAUGACUUCAAAUUUCCGAUUUCACCGUUAUCUGGACGUGAACAGCCACAAUGUCACACGUGAACUUGAAGGACUGAUUACGAAAUUUGAGGUUCACUCCCAACCUGAAAAGGCAAACAUUUUAAAACAGCUGUCGGAUGACUUCCUCGAGAGCCCGAUUUCCAAAGAUGUUCAGAAUCCAAAAACAAGUACACAUUACGCUAUAUUGUCUUUGUUGGUGUCACUGGCCAACAACCCAACCAGUACUGACUACACAAGUCCCUGUCAUUCUGUAAUCGAAGAUCCGGUUGACACGUUUGACUGGUCAGCCCAUCUGUUGGAAGGAGAGCAGGUUUUCUGGGGGCGAUAUUCAGAUUCACCACUGCCAUUUGAUGAAGAUCUGAGUGAUGAUGAUGAUGAUGACGAUGACCACAAAAGAGAUGAAACCAAACACACGAUGGCGGUUUCUGUAAUACAGGCUCCAGCCAAUGAUACAACAUUGGUUUCCACUGACACUGAAACACAGCAAAACAAGGGAUUUGAUUGGCUGUCCAAAAAUCUGGUUGAUCAGUACUGGACACAAAAGUCGGAGGAACCGAAAACCGGACCAUAUUCCAGUUCAAACCUGUUUCGUGAUUGGGAUUACUACAAGCAUCAGACUGAACCUCUGUACAGCAGCAGCGGGAAAACAUUUGUCACGGAAACACAGCUCAUCAGAGAAAUCUUAUGGAUGUUGGCAGGCGUGGAAGAUCUUUUCAUCUUUCAGUACGGUGAACACAAGUUCUCACUGCGAAACAGUGUGUGUGUCUCUCACCUGACUGUUCCGAGUCUUGCAGGCUCUCUGAUGCAGUUCAUGAAAUACGGAGCCCAGAUCCAGUUGCUUAGUUCAUUUGUGCAGGAGACCGUGUCACAGAGUUGUCUAGGAGAUGGACUCGCGUCGGUGCCCAUGACCUACCAAGCAUUUGCCAAAACUGUCUCGAAGUUCCUGCAGGAUUUCUGUAAACAUCUGUCGAGUAUUGAAAAGAAAAUGAUCAAACAAGAGGAACUGAUGACAGUUACCUUGCUGUCUAGUGACCUUGAGCCGUGGAUGACUAAGGUGAACCUCGUGUACUCUGUGUACAUCAAUGGACUGGCCGCGGGGGCGAGUCUUCCCACCAACAGUCUGAAGGCGUCUCAUCUCCUGAGCGUCUUGUACAACACCGUCGUCGACUUCGACACACUCCAUGAGUCAGUGUCAGAUUUGAUGACCUUGUUACUUCCUAUGUGGAUACAGACCAGUCGACCGUACCUCGAUCUGAUUGGUGACUGGAUAACCAAUGGGCAGCUCGUUGAUCCAGUCAAAGAAUUUGUUGUUCAAAGGAACGAGAAUGUCGGUUCUCAGGAUGAGAACUUCUGGGAGAAUGCCUUCGUGCUUCACAUGCCGCGCCCAGGCCACGAUGGCAGCAGCAUGAGCAUGACCACGUUGCAGUUCGCCGAGCAGGAACAGGUUGCCGUGGCGACUGCGUGGGCGCCCCGGUUCCUGCAGCCCGUGAUGAGGGACAUCGUGUUGACGGGGAAGUCCAUGGAGAUGCUGGAGAGUCUUGGGCGGCUCAACGAAGUCAUUGGAAACAAGGACGACACUGUGUUGUACAGAGCAAAUGGUUUAUACGAAGCUUUCAUUACCUCUUUGGAAGAAAUGCUUGGAACAAAAGUAUCAGAAACACCACCACCUACAGCAGGGGAGACAACUCAGCGUUCCAGCCUGUUCAUGGAACAGAUUGAAAAACACACCAAAGUGAAGGGAGUUUAUGAUCCGCUGCUCUUAAUUAACUUUGAGGCCAUCUUCAGCUCUCUGUAUAUAAAACCCGACCUGGAAACUAAAGACAAAACAGAAACGAGACUGUUGCAGGCUCUGGAGGUGGGCCAGGUUCAGCCGAUAGACUUCCUGCUUCAGCAGUGUCUGUACCCGCACAUCCGGUCGCGCUACGAGAACAUCUGUCUCAAACUCGUCGACAUCCUCAAGUGUGACUACCACCUCAUCAACUACCUCCAAGCCAUGAGGGAUUUCUUCUUAAUGGAUGCUGGUGAUACGAUGUUUACGUUCUACACUAAUCUGUUUGACAGGAUGAAGAAUCACGAACCGUGGCGAGAGACCUCGUACUUGAACCUGGCCCUACACGAAGCCCUGGAGGCUCAUCACCCAGAGGAGGUCAACAGACUGAGCAUACAGGUUGAAGAUACAUCUCAGUGUCAUGACAAAUACCCUAUCAGCGCCACCGACUGCAUAAAACUGUCCUACAAGGUGCCGUGGCCGGUGGAAGUUGUGAUUAACAGUAAAAGUCAGGAGCUGUACAAUCAGGUGUUCUCCUUCAUCAUGCAGGUGAAGCGAGCCAAAUACUGCCUCGAUGAACUACGCUUCUUUGAUCUGAAAAAAGAAAAUCUGUUGAAAAGUAUGACAGCCAGCCAGCAUCAUCCUGAAGACGAAAUACCUCGCGCGGCAAAAAUACACAAAAUGGAGCUUCUACGAUUCCGACUGAUGUACUUUGUGAACAGUCUGCAUAACUAUAUCAUGACUAGAAUUCUGCACAGCACGGGUCUGGAGUUCAAGCAGGAGCUGGACCGGGCCGUUGACCUGGACCAGAUCAUCGUGGCCCAUGCCUGCUACGUGAGGAACAUCCACGAGCGCUGCCUCAUGCACAAGUCUGUGGCCUUCCUCCGAGAGGCAUUCAUGCGCGUCCUCAACCUCAUCCUGGCGUUCCAGGCCAGGUGGGACAUGGGGGUCAAUGAAAUCAGAGUUCAAGCUAUCGAUGAGAUGGAGGUAGAGUUCUCGCGUUGUAUCACGUUCCUGGCAGCCUUUCUGAACAACGUGAUCAAGAGAGGGUCAUUUCCUCAGUUGGAGUCCUUGGCCUUUGCUUUGGUGACCUCUCUAGACCACAAAGGAAGAACGUGACAUUUACACUGAGUACACCGCAAAUGAUCAGCUACAGUCCUUGAGUGAUGAUGAAAGCAAGAUAAAGAAUGUCAGAAUUGAAUCAAAAUCAACAGCAAUUUGAACUAUGAUGACAACAAACGAGAGAAUCUCAGAAUUGAACUAAAAUUGGCAGCUGUAUAAACUAGCAUGAAAGCUUGUUAUAUGUUUUGAAAAUUGAACUAACAAUGGUAGCAGUAAGAACUGUGAUAUAUGAUUUCAAAAUUGAAUUAACAUGGGUAGCAGUAAGAACGUGAUGAAAGUGGUGGCAUGCUUUCUGAAUUGAACCAAAAUAACAGCGGUUUGAACAGUUUGGUGACAGCAGGCGAGAGGUAAAAUACAUAAAAUUGGCAUCAGCAUGAAUCAUGAUAGCAUGUUAAAGGAUGUUAGAAUUGAACUACAAUUGUCAUCAGUAUGCAAUAUGAUGGAAGCUGGCUACAGGAUUCCACAAGUGACCUAAAAUCAUCAGCAGGUUGAACAGUAUAGUAAAAUCAGGCCAGAGGUUGUUAAAAUGUAACUAGUAUAUAAAAUUGGCCAAUUGGGCUAUUUCUCACUCAGCCAGUGCACCACGACUGGUAUAUCAAAGGCCGUGGUAUGUGCUAUCAUGUCUAUGGGAUGGUGCAUAUAAAAGAUAUGUUGCUGUUGAUUGAAAAGAGUG